CGCAGCGCAAUCGACGGCAAGACGGCGGCGACCAUGGACAGCAACCAGUUCUUGAUCGACGACGUGAUGGACACGGACGACCUCGGGCUCAUUGACGGGACGUACCCGUUCCUAGCCAACAUGUCCAACAUGAGCCUCCUCCAGCAGCAAGCGCUUCACGCAAACCCGGCGAUGCCGCCGAUGCACAACCAGCAGCGGGCCAAGGGUGGACCGUCGACCCACAACAGCAUGUCGUCGAACCAAUACAUGCAUCACAACCAGCAACUCCGAGGCGGGCACAUGUCCCCAGGUCAUGUGGACGUCGACAUGAUGAACCAGAACAACCCUGCCAUCCAGACAAAUCAGUCGUCGCUCUUUCAAGCGUAUGCGUCCCAGUUUGGCCUCAAGCAGCCGACCAUGCCCAUGGAGACGAGCAAUCAGCAUGGCGGCGACACGUCCGUGGAAGCGUACGCGGCGCUCAUGGGCGUCAAGCUCGAGAGUCCGCGGUCCAUGCAGCAAAAACAGUACCAGCAGCAGCACCAGUCCAACAACAGCGACAUGUCCCGCGCACAGCUGAAUGCGCAGUACUUUGAAUCUCUCAUCCAGCAAUCAACCAUGCCGACGUCGAUGGGCCCCGGCUCUUCCGUCGCCGCCGCGACCUCCAGUCUCGUCCAUGGACACAACAUGACAUCGAUGACCCUUCCGGCCGGCAUCGGCGGUGGCUUCCACAUGAACCAUCACCAUCAUCUCCAAGACGGUGGUCUUCCCGUGGACGCGCCGGCGUCGUCUUCAUCGUCGCUCCUACUUCGAGGCAACGACGGACUCGAUGCCAAGCAUACAACCGCAGACGCGCUCCUCGACAGCAGCGUCCGGAUCAAGGCAGAGAAGGCGUUUCAAUUCGGGCCAGCGGUGGGGAGCGGCGCCGUCGGAUCGCAGACGCUAUCGCCCGAGAUGCUGUCGACCAUGAUUCAGAACAACAAGCAAAACUCGGCCGACUUGACGUCGCACUCGUUUGGAAGCGGCACAUGGAACGCCUCGGACGUCGACUUUGACAAAGACUCGCUCGUGUCCAAGGCCGACAAGAGCCGCGAGCGCAACCGCGACCACUCGCGCAAGUCGCGGCUGCGCAAGAAGGCGUUCGUGGAGUGUCUGAAAACGGAGGUCAAGCAGCUCCAAAUGUACAAGGACUUGUGCGAGCAGAACGCCGACCUCAUUGCGAUGGUGUCGCUCGACCAAGACCGUCGAGUCACGUACAUGACGGCCAGCUAUACGCGCGUGCUGGGGUACCACGAGAAGAAGGCGCUUCAGGACGACCUGACCUUCUUCGACCUUGUCCAUCCUGACGACGUUGCCAAGGUCCGAAGCGAGCUCAACCGAGUCACCAAGUUCCAAGAUAUCCUCGGUGUGACAUACAACGCCAAGCACUCCAAAGGCAUGUACUGGAAAGGCGAGUUGAACGCGCGCAUGUGCGAGCAAGGCCUCGUCCUAACCACGCGCGUCCAGCGGCAGCCUCCGGCCAAAGCAUAACGUGAUCUAAGAAAAGAUGUGCUGUCCAUUCAAAGGCAGAUGCGCUCCAAA